AUGAAGCUCAUCGGCAAACACAUCGACAAGAACGGUGCAGGUCACAUCACUCUCCGACCAGAAGAUGAUGAGGAUAUGUGGCAUCUCUACAAUCUAAUACAGGAGGGCGACCAAGUGCGCGCCUCGGCCGUCCGGCGGGUCCAAAACGUCUCCACGACAGGGUCCACCGGCUCGCAGCGCAUCCGGCUCAACCUCACCCUCGCCGUCACCCGCGUCACCUGGUCCCCCGCCACGUCUUCUGCGCCCGGCGAUGCCGGACAGCCUUCCGCUUCCACUACCAGCUCACAGGAUUCCACCGCCGCGGUCGAGAUCGCCGGCAGGGUGGCCGUGGAGAACCCUCAAGUCAAGAAGGGCGCGUUCCACACGCUCGAGCUCGAGGUGAAUCGCGACGUGCGGAUAGAGAAGGAGGGCGGGUGGGAUAGUGUGGCUCUGAGUAGGAUUCAGGAGAGUUGUCAGCCUGGGAGGGGGGCGGAGGUGGCGGCUGUGGUGUGUGGCGAAGGAACUGCGAUUUUCUGCUUGCUAUCGGAACAUAUGACGGUCAUCCUCCAGCGACUUGAAGUGCCAAUCCCACGCAAGAUUGCCACCAAUUCGUCUGCUCACGAGAAGGGUCUCAACCGCUUCUACUCCAUGCUCUACGCGUCCUUCCUCCGACACAUACCCUACGCAAACCCCACUCUUCGCGCGAUAGUCAUAGCUUCCCCCGGUUGGGUGCGUGACUCAGUGUAUGAUUAUAUCAUGGCGGAGGCCACUCGCACGGGCAACAAGGCGCUGCUUGGUGCGCGGCCGAAGUUUUUCAAGGUGCACGUGAACAGUCCACAUGUGCACAGUCUGGUAGAGGUUCUGAAGAGCCCCGAGAUUGCGAUGCAGCUGAAGGAGACAAAGUUCGCGAGGGAGGGCAUCAUGCUCGACAAAUUCUUCAAGAUGCUAGGAACGGAUGAGAUGCGUGCUUGGUAUGGACCAGCGCAGGUCUCUCUAGCGGUCGACCGUGGUGCUGUGGGGACAUUGCUCAUCUCCGAUGAAUUGUUUCGAUCUAGUGACGCGGAGACGCGCAAGAAGUACGUUGAUCUGGUUGAAAGCGUUCAGGGGCGAGGCGGGGAGGUGCUCAUAUUUUCUAGCAUGCAUGAAUCUGGGCAGCAACUGAACCAGUUGACGGGUAUUGCAGCGAUCCUGACGUAUCCCCUGGAUGUUGAAGUGGUUGAGGCCGAGGAGCGGGAAGCGAGAGAAGAGGAGGAGAGGAGGAAGGCAGAGGAGAAUGGAGAGGCUGAAGAACAGAACAGAGAGUGA